CCAGGCAGAUUCAAAAUGGCGGAGUGUGGAGCGAGCGGCAGCGGCAGCAGCGGGGACAGCCUGGACAAGAGCAUCACCCUCCCGCCCGACGAGAUCUUCCGCAACCUGGAGAAUGCCAAGCGCUUCGCCAUAGACAUAGGUGGAUCAUUAACCAAAUUGGCUUAUUAUUCAACCGUACAGCACAAAGUAGCCAAAGUGAGAUCUUUUGACCACUCAGGAAAGGAUGCCGAACAGGAGCAUGAGCCUCCCUAUGAAAUCUCCGUGCAGGAGGAGAUCACUGCUCGGCUGCAUUUUAUUAAAUUUGAGAACACGUACAUUGAAACCUGUCUGGACUUCAUCAAAGACCAUCUUGUUAAUACAGAAACAAAGGUGAUCCAGGCCACGGGAGGGGGUGCAUAUAAAUUCAAAGACCUCAUCGAGCAGAAGCUGCGACUCAAAGUUGAUAAGGAAGAUGUGAUGACUUGCCUGAUAAAAGGGUGUAAUUUUGUGCUAAAGAAUAUUCCCCACGAGGCAUUCAUGUACCAGAAAGAUGCUGAUCCCGAAUUCCGGUUUCAGACCAACCACCCUAACAUUUUCCCAUACCUCCUGGUCAACAUUGGCUCUGGAGUUUCCAUAGUGAAGGUGGAGACGGAAGACAAAUUUGAGUGGAUUGGUGGGAGCUCGAUUGGAGGAGGCACCUUCUGGGGGCUUGGUGCCCUGCUUACCAAGACAAAGAAAUUUGAUGAGCUGCUACAUCUUGCCUCAAAGGGCCAGCACACAAAUGUGGAUAUGUUGGUGGGAGAUAUUUAUGGUGGGGCCUACCAGACCCUGGGGCUCAGUGGCAAUCUUAUAGCCAGUAGCUUUGGAAAGUCUGCCACUGCAGAUAAAGAGUUCUCCAAGGAAGAUAUGUCUAAGAGCUUACUGCACAUGAUUAGCAAUGACAUCGGGCAGCUGGCUUGUCUCUAUGCCAAACUCCACAACCUGGACAAAGUUUAUUUUGGGGGCUUCUUCAUUCGGGGCCAUCCGGCCACCAUGCGCACAAUCACUUACAGUAUUAACUUCUUCUCCAAGGGAGAGGUUCAGGCAUUGUUCCUGAGGCACGAAGGCUACCUGGGCGCCAUCGGGGCAUUCCUAAAAGGAGCAGAACAAGACAAUCCUAACCAGUACAGCUGGGGAGAGAAUUAUGCUGGAAGUUCUGGUCUGAUGAGCACGUCCCCAGAACUGUAUCCCAUGCAGAGAGCUCGGAGUGGCACUUUUGAUUUGUUGGAAAUGGAUCGAUUAGAAAGGCCAUUGGUUGAUCUGCCCCUCCUCCUAGACCCAUCUUCUUAUAUCCCUGACACAGUUGACCUCACGGAUGAUGCCAUGGCUCGGAAAUACUGGCUGACCUGCUUUGAGGAAGCACUUGAUGGGGUCGUGAAUCGGGCUAUAGCCAGCCAGCCAGAUUCCAUUGAUGCAGCUGAACGUGCAGAAAAAUUCCGACAGAAGUACUGGAAUAAGCUUCAGACGCUAAGACAUCAGCCAUUUGCCUAUGGAACCUUGACGGUGAGGAGCCUGUUAGAAACAAGGGAGCACUGUUUGAAUGAAUUCAACUUCCCAGACCCCUAUUCAAAAGUAAAGCAGAGAGAAAAUGGCAUAGCGUUAAAAUGUUUUCAAAGAGUAAUCAGAUCUUUGGAUUCAUUAGGCUGGGAGGAGAGGCAGUUUGCUCUGGUGAAAGGACUUCUUGCGGGGAAUGUCUUUGACUGGGGAGCAAAAGCAGUCUCAGAUGUUCUGGAAUCUGAGCCGCAGUUUGGAUUUGAAGAAGCCAAGAAGAAAUUACAAGAGCGCCCUUGGCUGGUGGACUCCUAUGGAGAGUGGCUGCAGCGGCUAAAGGGUCCCCCUCAUAAAUGUGCCUUAAUUUUCGCAGAUAACAGUGGAAUAGACAUCAUUUUGGGAGUCUUCCCCUUUGUCAGGGAGCUACUCUUUAGAGGAACAGAGGUCAUAUUAGCCUGUAAUUCUGGACCCGCCCUCAACGACGUGACCUACAGCGAGUCUCUCAUUGUGGCCGAGCGGAUAGCAGCGAUGGACCCUCUCAUACAAUCUGCAUUGAAAGAGGACAAGCUGCUCUUGGUACAGACGGGCUCCAGUUCCCCCUGCUUAGACCUAAGCCGUCUCGACAAAGGACUGGCAGUGCUGGUUCGGGAGCGCAGCACAGACCUGGUGAUCAUUGAGGGCAUGGGGCGCGCCAUCCAUACCAACUACCACGCGGCCCUGCGCUGCGAGAGCCUCAAGCUCGCCGUCAUCAAGAAUUCCUGGCUGGCCGACCGGCUGGGGGGCCGGCUCUUCAGCGUCAUUUUCAAGUACGAAGUCCCAGCCAAGUGAGCAGCCCCUCGGGGGCGGGGGGCCGCCUGCUCUACACUUGCACUAGCUUUAUUGUCAGUGGUAAAGAAUGUAUUUUUAUUACAACAGGGGAAAUGGAGUUCCAAUCAGAUUCUGUAUUUAUAUUGUGCUUUUGUGACUCAAAGCGACAAUAUGACUAACUCGAUAGACUAUACCCACGAACGUAUAUAUAUAUGUAUAUCACUCAUAUUGUUUAUUUUGGUAAGUGUUUAUUUUAAUGCUGCAGUAUUUGUGAUGGAAAGACUUGACUUUUUUUGUUCUGUGAGACAUUCAUAUUGAAAUAUAUUUAAAUGUUAAAGAAACUUUUUAAAAUAUAUAUCUAUCUUUGACUAAAAUCCGCCAGCAGUCAAAUGGCCCGUACCAAAUAGAGUUUUUAAAGAGCCCAGA